AUGUCAGAAAAGAACGAUUAUAUACAGAGUGUUGAAGAACCAAUACAACCCCAACACCAAAAUGAGGCGUACACUUCUUCAUCAGAUGCUUCACCAUCAGUAACCAAUGAAAAACAACAACAAAAUGUCAUUCAAACAGCUUCACUUGAAGAGGAUGCUGAAGUCAAAAAAACCAACUCAAAUGAAGUAAACUUUAUCGAUGAUUCACUUCAAGAGGAAGAUGAAGGUAGAGAACCAACAGAGCACGAAUUUAAAACAUUGAGACAUGUGGCUGAUAGAAUUCCCUUUGCCGCUUGGUUAGUCGCUGUUGUGGAAUUGGCUGAAAGAUUCUCCUACUAUGGAUUAUCAGCUCCUUUCCAAAACUAUAUGCAAAAUGGUCCAAACGACCACCCAAAGGGACAGUUGGAUUUGCAACAACAAGGUGCUACUGCUUUGUCGUACUUUUUCCAAUUCUGGUGUUAUGUUACUCCUAUUUUUGGAGGGUGGAUCGCGGAUACUUAUUGGGGUAAAUACAAGACUCUUUUCGUGGCUUGUUUUGUAUACAUUGUUGGUAUCUUGAUCUUGUUUGUCACUUCAAUCCCAUCAAUUACAAGCAAAAACACUGCUCUCGGAGGUUACGUAACCGCAAUCAUUAUUAUUGGUAUUGGUACUGGGUUAAUCAAAUCCAAUGUGUCACCAUACUUGGCUGAUCAAGUGCCUAAAAGGAAACCAAGGAUUUCAGUUAGAAAAAAUGGUGAACGUGUAAUUGUUGAUCCAAAUAUCACUGUGCAAAAUAUCUUUUUAUGGUUUUAUUUGAUGAUUAAUAUUGGAAGUUUAUCAGUUAUUGCCACUACUGAAUUGGAAGCUCAUGUUGGAUUCUGGGCUGCUUAUUUGUUACCAUUUUGUUUCUUUUUCCUUGCUUUGGCUUCAUUGAUUGCUGGUAAAAAUAAAUCGGUUGAUAUCCCAGUAUCUGAAAAAAUCAUCAACAAGACUUUUAAAUGUGCUUGGGUUGGAUUAACUAAUGGGUUCAAUCUUGACAAUGCCAAACCUUCAGUGCAUCCAGAAAAGGAAUACCCGUGGACUGAUCAUUUCGUUGAAGAAGUUAGACGUGCUUUGUAUGCAUGUAAAGUGUUUGUCUUUUAUCCAGUUUAUUGGGUCACUUAUGGUCAAAUGUUGAACAAUUUCGUUUCACAAGCUGGUCAAAUGAGAGCACAUGGAUUGCCUAAUGAUUUCUUGCAAGCUUUUGACUCCAUCUGUAUCAUUAUCUUUAUUCCAAUUAUGGAGAGAUUUGUUUACCCAUUCCUUAGAAGAUUCACUCCAGUGAAGCCAAUUACAAAAAUCUUUUUCGGAUUCAUGUUUGGAACUGGUGCUAUGAUUUACGCUGCUGUUUUGCAACAUUACAUUUACAAAUCAGGUCCAUGUUAUGACGACCCUGGUGCUUGUCCAAAUGGUAACAAUAUCCAUAUUGCUUUACAAACUCCUGCUUACUGGUUGAUUGCCAUGUCAGAAAUUUUCGCUUCCGUCACCGGUUUGGAAUAUGCAUACACCAAAGCACCGGUAUCAAUGAAAUCUUUCAUUAUGGCUCUUUUCCUUGUCACAAACGCAUUCGGUUCAGCUAUUGGUAUUGCUUUAUCUCCAGUCAGUAAAGACCCCAAGAUGGUUUGGACAUAUACUGGUUUGGCUGUUGCUUGUUUUAUUGGUGGAUGUUUAUUCUGGGUUAUUUACAGCAGUUACAACGCCAAGGAAGAUUCAUGGAAUGAUUUGGAGUAUGAAAAUGAAUUGGAUGAAGCUGUUUUGAGGCCGGUUCACUCUUUAGCUCACUCAGUAAAGAGCAUCUAG